AUGUUUAAAUUCAUUUUAACACUAAGUUUAUUGUUCUUAUUCAAUAUUUUCGUUGUAAAUACUAAAGAAUCUUUUAAGAAUAUCAUUUUUAAUUUUCAUAAUAAAAUACGUGAAGAUGUUCUUAAAGGUGUUUUACAGAAUCAACCAAAAGCUAAAUCGAUGCCUAAACUUACAUGGAAUAAACUUUUAGCUAAGAAAGCUAGAAAUCAUGUGAAAAAAUGUAUUCUUGAUAGUGGAGAUCUUGGUGAUUUGUAUGUUGGUAAAUUUGAUUCAGUUGGACAAACUGUCGCAGAACAUACAACAAUACAAAACAUAUUAGAUACUUGGCUGGAAGAGAAAAAUGAAUAUGAUUUUGACAAGAACACAUGUAACAAUGAAUGUGGAAAUUAUAAGCAAAUAGUUUGGUCUAAUACAACAGAAAUCGGUUGUGGUUCAAAUAAAUGUGGUAAUAAAUAUAUGGUCGUGUGUAAUUAUGCUCCAGGAGCUGAUGAUGGGAGACCAUAUGUAAAGGAUUCUGGAAAGGAAGUUGAAGAUGAUUAAACGAAAUUUUCUCAUGAUUGAAAAUUGCUUAUUUUGAAUCGAAA